CGUAAUUACUUCCGGUGCGUCGGUGUUACCAGGGAAACGCAGGGCCGCUGCUGUUGCAGUUUGAUGCUGGGUUGUUGACAACAUAACGCUGAACCGAGCAACUGACUCAAAAUGAGUGAAGAGGACAGAUAUGUGUUUAUUGCAGAAUGGUAUGAUCCAAAUGCUGCCCUUCAGAGACGUUACCAGCUCAUCUAUUACACUAAGGAUCAAUCUGUUGAAAUGUAUGAUGUAAAGAACCAUCGAAUCUUCUUGAGGAGAACAAAAUAUGAAGAAUUACGAAAAGAAGAUUUAUUUGUUGGCAACAAAAUAAAUGUUUUCUCUCGCCUCCUCCAUUUAAUUGACUAUGGAGAUCAGUACACUGCUCGCAAGGUUGGCAGUAAAAAAGAAAAGACGUUGGCUAUGAUAAAGCCUGAUGCUGUAAUGAAAAUGGGUUCAAUUAUUGAAUCGAUCUUAGAUUCCGGAUUCCUAAUCACUAAAGCUAAAAUGGUUCUCCUCAGUCGAGCUGAAGCAAUGGAUUUCUACAGAGAACACCACUCAAAAUCCUUUUUUAAUGAUCUUAUUCAUUUUAUGACCAGUGGACCCAUUGUAGCGUUGGAGGUGGUUGGAGAUGAUGCUGUAGCUUCCUGGAGAAAACUGUUGGGUCCAACCAACGCUGGCAUUGCAAGAAGUGAAUCGCCGGAAAGCAUAAGGGCAAGAUUUGGUACCGACGGCACAAAAAACGCCGCUCACGGCUCAGAUUCCAUUGCUUCGGCUGCCAGACUUGACUUGAACGGGAUGUUUGACACAUCGUCUCGCACAAACAAGUUGGAGUUAGAGUUUUUCUUUCCAUCGAGUGGAGGUCCUGGACCAAAAAACACUGCAAAGCUUACAGAUUGCACCUGCUGUAUUAUUAAGCCCCAUGCUGUUUCUGAAGGUCUGACAGGAAAAAUACUAAAUGACAUACUGAGCACGGGUUUUGAAAUUUCUGCAAUGCAAAUGUUUACCAUGGAGAAAGCCAACGCUGAAGAAUUUUAUGAAAUAUACAAAGGUGUUGUAGCAGAAUACAAUGAAAUGGUGGCUGAAUUAUGUUGUGGUCCUUGUGUUGCUUUGGAAAUCCGUGAUGCUGACGCUCCGAAACGUUUUAGAGAAUACUGCGGCCCUUCUGAUCCCGAAAUAGCACGUCAUCUACGACCCAGGACCCUCCGUGCUCGUUUUGGAAAAAAUAAAAUAAAAAAUGCAGUUCACUGCACUGAUUUGCCAGAGGAUUCGGUAUUAGAGGUACAAUAUUUUUUCAAAAUUUUGGACAGCUAAAGAUCCACAGAAGAAAAACACAAACCGAUGACUUGGUUUAUUAAUUUUAUUUGUCUGAUGUUCCAACUUGACUGAUAGAACAAGAGCACUGUACUCCUGGCAAAUGUUACAGAUGUUCGAACAAUGUGCGCACAGUAGACAUUAAUACAUCCUAUGGGAUACUGCAUUGCCUUUUCUAAAAGUUGUUUAAAAUAAAGAUUUAUUUUUCAA